AUGGCCACCACGCGAAGCGCCGCUCUCAAGAUUGACUGGACCAAGGUGACCAGCUCGCUGGGUCUCCGCGGCCAGACCGUCUCCUCCCUCCAGGCCUUCAAGAAGCGCAACGAGGACGCCCGCCGCCGCGUCCAGGUGCUCUCGGAGCAGCCCACCACCGUCGACUUCUCGGCCUACCGGUCCGUCCUCAAGAACCAGGCCAUCGUCGACGAGAUCGAGAAGCGCUUCAAGGACUUCAAGCCCCUCACCUACGAUGUCAACCGACAGCUGAAGGCCAUCGACGCCUUCGAAGCCGAGGCCGUCAAGAAUGCCGAGGCCACCAAGCAGGCCGUCGACCUUGAGCUCAAGGACCUUGCCGCCACCCUCAAGAACAUUGAGGAGGCCAGGCCCUUCGAGGACCUCACUGUCGACGAGGUUGCCGCCGCCGAGAAGACCAUCGACGAGAAGACCAACCAGCUCGUCUCCAAGGGGCGCUGGAUGGUGCCCGGAUACAAGGAGAAGUUCGGCGACCUCGCCGUCGUCUAA